UCACUCUAGAGUUUCACUUUCACAGAGCAAAUUUUGGGUGAAGAAAAACGAAACCCUAGUAGAGAGGGAGAAGCUAGAAAUGAGUUCGUUCUCUUCGAUGAAUCGCCAUGCCCGUUCCUUGAUCUCCAAAUUCUUGGAUUCGAAUCAGAGGCUUGCGUCUCCUUCGUCUUCUCUUCUUCAACCUCGCCAUGGUCUCGCCGCGAGAUCGCAUUCCUCAGGAUCUACUGCGACAGGUGAAGUCAUAUCUCCCCGUGUGAAUGAUGUUUCGGCGACGAGAAUGUUUGGAAAUGUAUGUCGAGCUUCCAAAGUUACACAUAUGGUUAAUCCUUCCCGUUUGAGCUUGACGAGAUUCAUCCACUCUUCAACUCAAAAGGAUGUUGAGAACAUCAGUAGCCCCAGGUCCAUGGAUUAUGUUAGGGGAAUCAUAGAGGAAGAAGGGAAAGCCCUUGGUGGUUUUCAAUUUCCUCGCUACAACAACAUGGAGCAAGAUGUCGAUUUCGUCCACAUAAAGCUUAUGCGCAACAAUACUUUUGUUACCGUGACCGAUUCUAAAGGUAACAAGAAGAUUGGCGCGUCGGCUGGGUGUCUGCCGGAAAUGAAGGGAGGCCCGAAGAUAUCUAGAUACGCCGCGGAGGCGACUGCUGAACGUGGGCGACAGUCUAGGAGUUUGGGGUUGAAGUCUGUUGUGAUGAAAGUGAAAGGGUUUACCUUCUUCAAGAAGAAACGGCAAGCAAUCAUGAGCUGGAGAGAGGGCUUUACAAACGCUCGAGGGAACCAGAACCCGAUCGUGUACAUUGAGGACUCAACUCGUCGUCCCCAUAACGGUUGCCGACUUCCUAAGAGGCGUCGUGUAUAAGCCGUACUCAUAAUGUUGUUAGAGUGUUAGAUCGUUUAAAUGUCAAAGAGGAAACCAUACACUUCUUGGUCUUGGGACGGGCUAAGUGGUGUUCAUUUUGGAAAAUAAUCUGGAGCUGUUGCUUUACGGAUUUUAAAGUAUUAGUUGAGUACAAUGACAUUAAUUUUCUGGGCAUCGUUCUGAUAAUUUUGAGGGCUUUAUGGUGUAGUUUGUUGACCAUUCGCGUCAUGUGGACAUACUGCAUUCCUUUGUUUUUCCAGUUUACAUUAGAAUUAUAAGUUGCUAUUGUCA